AUGAGUCAGUAUCCUCAACAGCCAUCUCAUUCAACUUCUACUGGUCAGCAUUAUAUUGGUCAAAACUCCCAGGAGCAGGCACUGCAACGACCCAUAAAUGCAGCAGAUUUUGAACAGCGUAGUAUGAAUUCGUUGCAAGGGCAUCACGCCCAACCCGUCGCUGAUAUUCCUGUUGGAAUAUUUAAUCAACAGGAGAAUACUCACUCCAACUUUCAUACUUCCCAUCACUACUAUCCUCCAUUUGCACAAAGUCGUUCUCCUCAAAAUCGCGAGGAUAUGGAAUUGAAUCCGUAUUAUGGGGCUGUGCCGAUUUCGGAAAAAUACAAUUCUACUCCUUCUGCCUCACAACAACCACAGUUUUCCAAUGCAACCGAAAACGUCAAUGGUCCCAAGGAUCCCAACUCAACGACAGGUUCUCAACCCACCAAAAGGAAGCGCGGCCGGCCGGCUAUUUUCCCUUCUAACGAUAACGACGUUGGUAGAGGCGUGCCCCUAGAAGAUGAAGAACACACCUUGUUCGGGGCCAUCCGCUCUGGUCGUGCCUCCCCCCAAACUCUGGUUGAUGAUUGGAUAGAGCAGUACAAGACAGGUCGGGCACCGGCCAUGCUCGAGUUGGUUCAGUUUUUCAUCUCAUGCUCGGGAUGCAAGGGGAAGGUUUCUUUGGAUAUGUACAACACUCUACCCCACGCCGAUAUUAUUAAGCGCAUGACGGAGGAGUUUGAUGAAGAUUCUGGAGAAUAUCCUCUUGUCCAGUCGAGCCCCACAUGGCGCCGGUUCCGCUCCAAUUUUGUGGAAUUUAUCCAGGUUUUGAUUCGUCAGUGUCAGUACAGUAUCAUUUAUGACCAGUGCAUGGUGGACCAGAUUGUCUCCCUUCUUACUGGCCUUUCGGAUUCUCCCGUUCGUGCUUUCCGUCACACGAGUACCCUUGCCGCCAUGAAGAUGAUGACAGCUCUAGUAGAUGUAGCCUUGAAUGUGAGUAUCAAUCGUGACAACACUCAGCGGCAAUACGAGGGCGAGCGAGCUCGUGGCGGCGGCAGCGGGGCCUCAAGUAGCAGGCGUUCCGGCGCCGGAAAUGAUCGUCUUGACGUGUUAAUGUCGCGCCGUCAGGAGUUGGAGGAAAACAUGAAGGAGGUGAAGGACAUGCUCAUUCUGCUCUUCAAGGGAAUUUUUAUCCAUCGAUACCGCGAUAGUCAACCGGAGAUCCGAGCCAUCUGUAUAGCUGAGAUUGGUGUCUGGAUGCGACGUUACCCUGCCAUGUUUCUGGAUGACAGCUACCUAAAAUACAUCGGCUGGACACUCUAUGAUCGAGUUGGUGAAGUUCGACUGCAGUGUCUUCGUGCUCUUCAGCCUCUCUACGACGAUUCCACUUUUGUCUCGAAUUUGUCUCUUUUCACUUCACGUUUUAAACAGAGACUUGUUGAUAUGACCCUGGAUAAGGAAUUAGACGUUGCGGUCCAGGCUGUCAAAGUGGUCUCUUGCAUUCUCAAACAUACUGAGUCUAAGCUUGAGGAUAAGGAUUGCGAAAACAUUUAUGAACUUGUCUACUGCACACACCGGCCGCUUGCCCAGGCCGCAGGUGAAUUCCUGACCUUAAAGCUCUUUGAAGUUGAUGCUAACGCUCCAAUUACCCGAACAAAGAAGGGCAAGAAGCGCAGUGAGAACACUCCUUUAAUCCGGGAUCUUGUACAGUUCUUUAUCGAGAGCGAAUUGCAUGAGCACGCGGCAUACUUAGUAGAUAGUUUAUGGGAAAUUGCCCCCAUGUUACGUGAUUGGGAAGCGAUGAUCGACUUGCUUAUUGAAGAACCGGGGAAAAACGAAGAACCUCUUGAUGUCAGUCAGGAAAGCAGCCUGAUUGAGAUCAUGGUCUGUUGUGUGCAGCAGGCGGCAACUGGGGAAAGUCCCGUUGGUCGUCAGGCCAUGAUUCCUGCUCUACAUCCCCUCCUUACCCGUUUUGGAGAGUCCGCUGAGCGAGCUGCCUCUCUCCUUCAAAUCCCCCGCUACAUGGACCUCGAAAUCUAUACCACUGGGCGUCACCAACGCCAUCUGGAUCUUCUCCUUCAGUGUGUUGAGCGCGUAGUUGAGCGACACACGGAUCCAGAGACCCUGCUAGCCUGUUCAAGAGUUUAUGAGGUGUUGUGCCAAGAUGAUUUGAGUAUCGCAGCUAACUGUCAGACUGUGCGUGGCACUCUCUUCGACCGGCUCACCGAUCUCUACCGUCGUGCCUUUCUCAGCUACUUCAAUGAACAAGGUGAUGAACCUGAUGAGGACGAUGAAUUUCACCUUGUCUCCGCGCUCAAGCGUAUCUACGCCUUCUACUCCUGUCAUGACCUCAACGGGCUUGCCUUAUGGCAGAGUCUCAUCAGGAUAGUGAGCUGUGCCCCAGAUGAGGCAAGUCCCGAGAUUAUAGCCCAAGCUAUCGCAUGUUGCGCUAAAUCUCUCCUCUGGCGACUAGCCCACGUCAGCGAGCCUGACCCUCCAAAGCCAAAUCUUGAUAGCUUUCGUCUAAGUCUUUAUUCGACUGACUCACUGACUCAUUUAUGUGCCUAUUCCUCGGUAAAGGAAGAGGUUGAUGAGUUGCGUCAGAUGUUGGACAACUACAUGUGCCUGUGUACAAAGUGGGUGGGAAAUGAUAACAAGCGAUUAGCUACUGAGGCCUACCUGUCCCUCUGUGAUCUUCUUGUGGCAUUCUCCCGUCAUCUUGCCACCACAGAACCCAGCAUCAAGUCUUUAUCUUACGUUCCUGACUCUACCAUCGAGGCUGGUCUUAUACGAUUUCUCGAGACCUUUGUCUUCGUUGAUGAUGAGGAGGAUGAAAACCUUAAAUUUGAGGCACUGCAUGAGCGGAGGAUCCAACUGGCAGGUUUCUGUAAGUUGGUUGUCUACAACCUCCUUCCAAUUAAGUCGGCAGCUCCUCUUUAUCGGCACUACAUCCGGUUCCAUGGAGAAUUUGGUGAUAUUAUGAAAUCGACCCUGGGAAAGCUGCGUGAAAUAAACCGUGUUCAUACCGCCAAGAUGAUUGUCUACUGUCUGCAGUUGGGAUUUAGCGAACUACAAGCUGCCUGUCAGGGGAGUCCAUUGGAGCGCGCUUCCGAUGGUUUCCAGGCUUUGCGCGAGCUGGCACGACGGCUGAAUCUCAGCUUCGGUCUGGACUUGAUCAAAAUUCGCGAGGCCAUGGUAGCAUUCCACUCGGAUGGCAUUCAGUUUGUCCUGUCUACCAUUCCCUCGGUCAACGCUGCAGCCGGCGAUAUCCGCUCCAUUCCCACCGGUCUCCUCUUCCUCGAGAUCAUGGCUGAGUUCUCUAAUAAACUACUGCAACAAGAUAAGCGCAGCAUAUCAAGCUACACGUUCAGGGUCUUUCCUCAGGCCUCUGGCGAAGAGUGGGCUUCCUUACAAGCCUAUAGAACAAGUCUCGAUCCGGACGCUUCUGAUCACCAUGUGCUGGGAACCUCUAACCAAAAUGUACCUUCUAGCUCCAUAGGACCUUCUGGUCGAGGUCGAGGUAGACCGAGAAGGCCACGCCCUGAAGACUCCACAGACCCCGACACGCCGCAAUUUGGGACGGGGACGAUGAUAAAACGGAGGAAAGGAAACCCAGAAGACCUCUUUGCUUCAGGAACCGCAUCUCCUGCCCGAAGACCUGGUCGUCCCCCUGGGUAG